CUACGCUGUCUUGCUUGGAACACUGAGCCUGGAAGACAUAGACAAAUCUGCCCAGUUGAUAAGAGUUCGAUCGUUCCAAAGACACCCUGGCUUUAAACUUAGCGUCGCCCUGGGCUUCCCCAAUGAUAUCGCCACCAUUUAUUUGGAGAGCCCGAUCAAAUUCAACGAUCACGUCCAGGUGAUUUUGAACUUGCCACUUGUUAUUUGAGAAGGCCACUUGCGAAACCUGCUUAGUCUACCCCCCCACCCCACCCAAAAAAAGUUAUAUAUAAAUUGCUGGUUUCUUAAGUGUCAAUUUUACUGCCUUCUAUAGUGAUAGAUUAAUCUCUUAUUUUAAUUUUAUGGCUCGUUCAAGCAGUGCAUAACAAAGGACGAUACCAUAUGAGAAAUACAAUAGCAAAACUACGACACUCAAAACAGUUGCUAAUUACAAUUAAUAAGAUUUAUUUAAGUAUCAAUAUUUAACAAAAUAAAAGAAAUAUGAUUCAAAAUUCAUCAACUUACAGAAUAGAAUAUGUCUUGUACCGGUACACAGCUAAUACAAUAUGCCAAUUAAUUAUGUACAAUAAUGAAUGCGAAUAAACACUUAUGAGUACACACAUAAUAAUACACUUGUCUCGUGAAGUGAAAAAUAUCUCUCCUCGAUGAAUCUCCCCAUCUUAAUGUUCAUUAAACCCCUUAUAUAUGCAGCGUAAUACGCAUUCCAGAAACGCUUUAUACAUUGUUUACCGGUCUAGUUCACUCUCGUGCUUUCCACAAAAUUGUAUUAGAACAUAUUAAUUUAUUUUUAGUUUGUAUUUGUAGUAAACAAAGGCCAAGAUCAAAGGAAAUAGGCCACGCCCAAUACGAACGCAGCCUAAUUUGGGGUUCAAACAGAGUUCACGGCACGGGGAAAGUGACGUAAACACGUCUUCAUAACAGUCAGUCUACAUUACUUUGGCUAUUUCGUUGAUUGUCGAUCUACAGUAUUCUGGCUGGUUUGAUAAGUGUCAACCUAUGAUAUAUUAUGUAAUUAAUGAAUCGAAAGUUUAAUUAAGUCUUAAAAUGUCACCAUAACAAAAAUAAAUAGUUAGAUUCGCCAUAUCAAGUUAAUUUACAAAAAAAAAGUUUUUUUAUAAAUUAACAGGACUACACAUUUACUCUAUGAUGUUGGUAGUACAGUGGAACCCCGUUGUAAGGCGCCCCGCCAUAACGCGAAUUCGGAUAUAACCCGGUCGUAGCAUGGCCCCCGAAAUUUGAAAUUCAUUUACUCCAUGAGGCCUAAGUUCUUGGAAAAUUGUAUCCAUUGCUUGGAAAGCCAUUUUUUAAAGCGAAGAAAAUCAUAACUUUUCCAAAUAUCGUAGAAAAUGUUCUCGGAAAAAAGUUCAAUAUUGUAAAAGCGCUUUUAACGCGAUCCGACUUUAUGGAGCCCGAUCAUCGCGUUAUGGCAGGGUUCCACCGUACUGAAACUUGUGGUCAAUUGAAAGAACAACUGUGUAAAUAUAUAUAUCAAAGCUAAUAUUGCUAAAAAGGAUAUUAUAAAUAUUAAAAAUAAUCUGGACCACAGCAGGCUGGUGAAUAAAUUAACUUCGCGAUUGUUUGAUACAAUUACAAGAUGCAAUACAUAAAUAAUAUCAACAAUUUUUUAUCAUCUGACAUCCAUCUACACUACUUUUUUUAUCUUUUGACAGUCGGCUACACUACUUAUUUUUUUUUCUGACAUCCAGCUUCACUAAUUAUUUUAUCUUCUGAUACCCAGCUACACUAUUUAUUUCAUCUUCUGACAGCCAGCUACACUACUUAUUUUAUCUCCUGACAGCCAGCUACACUACUUAAUUUAUCUACUGCCAGAGAGCAGCAAUACUUAUUUUAUCAUCUGACAGUCAACUACUCUUUAUUAUUUAAUCUUUUGGCAGCCAACUACACUUCUUAUUAUAUCUUCUGAUAGCCAGCUAGACUACAUAUUUUAUCUUGUUACUGUCAACUACACGUAUCAAUUUAUCUACUGAUAGCCAACUAUACUUAUUAUUAUAUCUUCUGAUAGCCAGCUAGACUACUUAUUUUAUCUUCUGACAGCUAGCAAAACUUCUUAUUAUAUCUUCUGACAGACAGCUACGCUACUUAUUUUAUCUUCCGACAUCCAGCUAAUACUACUUUUUUUAUCUUCCGACAGCAAGCAACAGCUCUUAUUUUAUCUUGUGACAGCUAGCUACACUACUUAUUUAAUCUUAUGACAGCAAGCAACAUUUCUUACUUUAUCUUCUGGCAGCCAACUACACUACUUAUUUCAUCUACUGUCAGAAACAACACUACUUACUAAUUCUUCUGACAUACAUCUACACUACUUAUUUUAUCUUCUAAUAGCCAACUAUGCUUAUUUUUAUAUCUUCUGAUAGAGAGAUAGACUACUUAUAUUAUCUUCUGACAGUCAACUACACUUGUUAUUUUAUCUUUCGACUGACAGCUCCACUGCAUAUUUUAUCUUUUGACAGUAAACUACACUUAUUUUUUUAUCUUCUGACAGCUAGCAACACUUCUUAUUGUAUCUUCUGACAGACAGCUACACUACUUAUUUUAUCAUCUGACAGCAAGCUACAUUACUCAUUUUAUCAUCUGACAGCCAGCUACAUUACUCAUUUUAUCAUCUGACAGCCAGCUAGAUUACUCAUUUUAUCAUCUGACAGCCAGCUACAUUACUAAUUUUAUCAUCUGACAGCCAGCUAAGUUGGCUCCGAAAGGCUCAUCGUUUUUGGACAAGAUGUGUGUCAUGAUUGGCUGGGGUCUAAUCUAUGGCAGACAAGAGCACCCCCAUCUAAUGCAGGCGCACAUUAAAAAAAUAUCCGUCUCCGAGUGCAAGAAUCGUGUGCGGCCAGUUGGUGCUACCAUCACAAGAAAUCAUAUCUGCGUGUUUGAAGACACAGGUCAGCGUUUUUUUUAGAGUCUCUUCUAGCCGGCAAUCUUUGAAUCCUGCUAAGCUGUUAAGCUGUAUGUGUUAUGCGCUAGAUUUAGGAGAAUGAAUGUGUGUAAUGAGAAGUUGUUGACUGUGAGAGGUUUAUUUUGUGUGUGGGGGCGACAUGUGAUGGGUGGGAGGGGUUACUUCGUGGUUUUGGGCUAAGCUUGUGUUAAGUUAUGUUGAAGGCACAGUUCCUGGGUGUUUUGUGAGAGAGCGGUCGUGAACUCAAAUGAGAGUGUCAGCCAUCUUGUUUGCUGUUGGCAAGGAGGUUUUCUUUAUUUGCAACUUGUGGGUGUGAACACAGUGUAAUAUUAAUGGAGAAUUUGUAAGCAAACGACUCUGUUAUUUACACUCGGCGAUGUCACUUUUAUAGUCACAAAGUAUUUGUUAGAUUUAAGUGUUUCCCUUGACAACAAGUGGGGCUCAUCAAACACCCUCAGAAUCCAAACCUAUUUCGGAAGUUGUUAAAUUGAUCGUUGGCCCUUAAGAUAUAGAAGAAAUGAAAAAAAAAAGGGGGGGGGAUAGUCAAAGUGAACAAAACACAUUAGUUGGACUAGGGAAUUCUAAUGCACACACAGACAAUAUCCGUAGAUGGGUUAUCUCGUAUUUAAAAUUUAAACGAAGAGGAUUGAAUGAUAAAUGACCUCAUUUUAAAAAAUUAGGAAUCGUAAAAUAACACCAUACUCCUCAAUAUUAUUACGGCUCACAACUCAAAAUUAUUAUGACUCGCUACUCAACAUUGUUAUGACUCACUACUCCACAUUAUUACGACUCACUGCUUAAAAACUAUUAUGACUCACUACUCUACAUCGUAAUGAAUCACAACUCAAUAUUAUUAGGCCUCACUACUCAACAUUGUAAUGACUCACGAUUUAUUAUUAUUAUAAGUGGUUUUAUAUAGUGUUGUACCCCAACCUAGGGCUGGGCUCACAUCGCUGAACAAGCAAUUUAACAAACAUAACUUAAAAACUUAAAAAAAUAAUUAAAUAACCAUUACAUUAAUUUAAAAAAAAAUGGGAAUCAGUCAGCGUAGUAGAGUUUAAAUAGAUGUGUUUUGAUUGCAGUUUUGAAGGUUGUGAUGGUCGGUAUAUUACGGAUGUGUAAGGAAAGAGAAUUCCAUUAUUUUGGGGCACAGAAAGAGAACGAUCGUUCACCGUAUGUUUUUUUGCGACAUUUGGGGACAGAAAGAAUACACGCAUCUGCGGAGGAGCGAAGCUGUAGAAGGGGUGAAUAGACAGAGAGAAGUUCGGUUAGAUAGGAAGGGGAGGAAUUCGAGAAAAAGUUGUGGCAGAGAACAGAGAGUUUGUAGUCAAUCCGUGCUUAUACAGGGAGACAAAGAAGUGAAUGAAGUAGUGGUGUGAUGUAAUCACCUUUUUUUGGCUUUAGAAUUUGUGUUGCAGAUGAGUUUUGAAACUUGUGUAAUCUUUCUAAGAAUUGUUUUGGUGAGCCUGUUAGAAGAGAAUUACAAUAGUCAAGGCAAGAGAGAACUUGAGCACAGACUAGGGUUUUUGUUGCACUAACUUUUAGGUAUUGGCUUAUGGAGCUGAUCUGACGAAUAGCAGUGUAGGCAACUACUCAACAUAUUAUGACUCACAACUUAAAAUUGUAAUGACAAAACUUAAAAUAUUUUGCGACUCACUACUCAACACUGUUAUGAUUCAAUUCUCAACAUUAUUUCGACUCACUUCUCAGCAUAGUUAUGACUUACUCCUCAACAUAAUUAUGACUGACUACUCAACAUCAUUGAGGAAGCCCAUGGACCAAGAAUAAUAAAAGCAAACUUCCGAACCUAUAAAAAGAAAAUAAAGAUUAACAUAAUGCAGUAUUAUGCACCCACCAACGAUAGCAAAGAAGACGAGAAAGAAACAUUCUAGAAUAGACUACAAGCAAUAACAGAAAAGUUCACAAGAAGAGACCUGGGCAUUUUAAUUUUGAGACCUUAACACAAGGAUCGGAAAAGACAACAGUGGGUAUGAGGAAAUCAUAGGACGCCAGGUGUAGGAGAGAGGAACGAGAACGGAGAAAGACUACCAGACUUUUGCGCCAAAAAUGAGCUUGUUAUCGGAGGCAACGAAUUCCAUAUAAAAAUGUCCAUAAGAUAAUAUGGGUAUUCCCGGACAACAUAAUGCAAAACCAAAUAGAUCACGUAAGUUUUAGCACAAAAUGUAGAAGGUCUCUCAAAGAUGAACGAGCAAAAAAAAAAAAAAAAAAAAAAAAAAAAAAAAAGAGAUGAUGUCGCAUCAGAUCAUCCUCUUGUAUGGGUAAAAAGACUUAAGUUAAAACUGAAGAAAAACUAGGAAAAGCCAGCUGCUAAACGAACAAACGUCAACGUAGUACUAGCGGCAAACGAGCAGAAACGAGAAGAAUUCAGUGCCACCUUAAGAAAUAAGUUCCAAGCCUUGGAAGACCAAACAGAAGAUGACCAAGCUGAACACAAAUGGCAAACUAUAAAGAUGUCUAACAUCCACUUGCCAAGAGGUUUUAGGAUCAGUAAAGCAGAAACACAAAGACUGGCUCUCACUUAACACAGUGCAAAAAAUAAAAGAGGGAAAAGAAAUGAAAAGUGCACCUAGCUGCAGCGCACCCGGCUGGAGAAAAGAAACGUGCAAGAGAGAUAGAAAGAUGCAAAGCGAAAGGUAAAAAAAACAGCAUCAAAAGGAUUGAAAGAGCUCUACGACAUUGCAAGGAAGGUGUCAGGGAGAUACAUAAGGCCGGAGAGACCUGUUAAAGAUAAAGAAGGCAGAUCUAUAACGGAAAGGAAAGAACAACCAAAAAAGCUGGGAUGAAUAGUUUAAGGAACUAUUAAACAUACCACCACCCACAGACGCACCAAACAUACAACCAGUAAAUGAAGACUUACAAAUAGAAGAAAGAGCACCAAAUAAGGAAGAAAUAGCUCUGGCCAUCAAGCAGCUCAACUUAGGGAAAUCACCGGCAACGGAUAACAUCAGAACAGAGAUGAUGAGAGCUGAUAUAGAUACAAUAGUCAACAUGCUGCACCCUCUGUUUGAAAAGAUAUGGGAAGAAGAGAGAGUUCCAAAAGAUUGGACAGAAAGAUACCUAAAUCAAAAUACCAAUAAAAGGGGAACUCAGCCAUUGUGCAAAUUACAGAGGAAUGGGACUGAUGUCUGUUCCAGGAAAAGUCUUUAACAGAAUUAUUACGAGAUCAACAGACUGGCUUCCGCCGAAACAGUUCAUGCACAGAUCUAAUUGCAACAUUAAGAAUCAUUGUAGAACAGUCCAUCAAAUGGAACUCCCACUGAUAUAUACAUUUUAUAGACUACGAAAAGGUCUUUGAUACCCUGGUCUGACAAACCUCGUGGAAACUUCUUCGGCACUAUGGAGUACAAGGAAAACUAGUCAGGAUCAUGCAUUCUUAUGAAGAAAUGACUUUCAAGUUGGUCCACGAAGGUAGACUCACAGAUGACUUUGAAGUGGAAACUGGAGUGAGACAAGGAUGUCCCUCGUCACCCUUCCUAUUCAUCCUCGCCAUUGAUUAGAGGAUGAAAAAAAAUCCAUUUAAAAAUGAGGAACGGGACACAGUAGACACUCUGGGAACAACUGAAUGACAUAUGACAUUGGACUUCUGUCCCACAACCAGCAAAAAAUGCUGGAAAAGACCAAAGAGGUAGCCACCAUUUCAGCACAGCUCAGACUCAAUAUAAAUAAAAGAAAUACUAACAUCAUGAAGGUAAACCUAGCCAACCAAAAGUAUAUCUCUCUGGCAGGAAAGGCACUGGAAGAAAUGGAGUCCUUCUUCAUACUUAGCACCAUCGACAUAAAUGGCGAAUCCGAGGCAAAUGUAUGGGACAGAAUUGGAAAAGCUAGAUCAACAUUUGUGCUAUUAAAGAAAAUAUGGGAGUCGAAGGAGCUGAAACUGCAAACCAAAGUCAGAAUCUUUAAAACUUAUGUCAAAACAGUUCUACUAUGUGGAUCAGAAACUUGGAAAACAACAGCAGAAAGUACAAACCUUUAUAACACAUGCCUUAGAAAGAUCUUGAACAUGAAAUGGUCAAAUAAAAUCACUAGCAAAGAUGUAAUAGAAAGGACUUACCAGGUGCCCAUUGAUGAAUACAUCAUAAAGAGAAGAUGGAGGUAGUAAGGCAUAUCCUUCGAAAAUUGUCAGAUAGCCCCACCAGACAUUCUCUAACAUGGAAUCCACAGGGAAAAAGAAAAAGAGGAAGGCCAAAGAAUACAUGGAGACGUUAGCCAGAUGUAGACCGCAAAAUUUGGGAUACACCGGGAAGCAACUGGAAAGGACAGCACAGGAAAUUGAUGCUUUGAAAGUUCUUGUGGACGGCCUUUGGCUCAGAUGGGGUAAACUGGCAUAAGAACAAGCAGAAGACUCAACAUCAUCACGACCCAAUACUUAAAACUCUUAACAAAAGGCAUUAAUAAUGUGAUCUCAGUUUCUCAAGAGUACAUUUUUGACUGACAUCACUCCACGGGCCAACUUGGCAGUACAUUUCAGUUUUGAAGAGGUAUUUGGCUUGGAAUUUUUUUUAUUGGAUUUGAGAUUUGUGUAUGGCAAGUUUUGGUCAACCCUUUGUUCUAAUUUUUAUAAAAAAAUGUGGUUAAAAUAUAAUUAAAUGAUAUAGCUUAAAUGAAAUUCUGUUAAAAUAGUUUUUAUCUAGGAUUGAAAAGUCGAAACUAACCAGAGUUUUGGACACAAGAUUUGAUUUUAACAACCAGACUUGGUUUUCAACGACAGUACAAUAUAAUAUCCGGCCAGAAGUCUUGGUUUACCACGAGUAAAUAUAAUAUCUGGCCAGAGAACUUGGUUACGGCGCGUAAAAUAGGACAUCUUGAGAGAAGACUAGAUUUACGGUGCGUAAAAUAUGAUAUUGGGCAAGUAGACUUGUAUUACGGCGAGUCAAACAAGAUACCUUGUCAGAAGAUUUGGUUAAAGACGAAUAAAACAUAAUACCUUGUCAGUUGUCAGAAGAUUUGGUUAAAGAAGAUUAAAACAUGAUACCUUGUCAGAGGAUUUGGUUUACGGCGAGUAAAACAUGAUAUCUUGCCAGAGAACUUGGCUUACGUUGCGUAAAAUAGAAAAGCUUAUCAUAAUAUUUAGUUUAAGACUAGUAAAACAUGAUAUCUUGUCAGAAGAUUUGGUUUACGGCGAGUAAAAUAUAUUUCCAUGUGAAAGAUUUUCAAAAAAUAAUUUUAAAAAUUAACGAGUUGAAGUUUCAAUCAAUUAAUUAAAUAAUAUGAAAACGAAUUCAAUUUAUUUGCCAACAGACGAUCCCCACGAAAGUUCCACUAUUUGUGAUGGUGACAGCGGGGGACCCCUCAUGUGUGGCAAAAACUUGGAAUUUGUUGCUGGUGUAGUGUCAUGGACCGACCACAGUUGUAGUGGUAGGUAAUUUAUAAUGUAACCUAUAGUGUUAAAGUCACGAAGCUCCUAGAUUAUUAUACACAUCAUAGGGUCAUGUUUCCAAAUAUCUAAGACAAUUGCCUCUAGGAGUGUGAGGUAAGGGACAUCAUUUGGGUAGGGCAGGGUGGGGGAUUAGCCCCCCCCCCCCCAAUUUGCAGGUUUUCUUUAAAUUGCUAUGUACCUUGACGCCUCCAAGAAGCUACCAAGUUUUGUUUUUCCCAAAAAAGGCGUAAAGAAUAAGCCUGCCACAUUUCAGGCUUUUUUCUAAAGGGGAAGCUGGAGAAUUAGUGUAAAAUUUGGGUAGGGCAGGGUGGGGGAUUAGCCCCCCCCCCCCCCAAUUUGCAGGUUUUCUUUAAAUUGCUAUGUACCGUGACGCCUACAAGAAGCUACCAAGUUUUGGUUUUCCCUCCUUCCUCCUUGAGUAAGACCUGAAAUGACGCCCCUGCGUGGGGUCAUACCUAAUGGCUUGGCUGACAUCAUUGUUAUAGGGUUUUAUUGUGUCCUAAAUAACAUAUACACAUCUCAAGAAACCAAGAGAUUGCCGUUUACAAUCCAAAAAUAUUUAAAAUCACACGAGGAACUGAAAAAUUCGUUCUCUUUAUUAUGAAAUACAAUCAUCUGCCUCAUUACAUAUGCCUUAUACAUAUGCCUUAUUACAUAUGCCUUAUUUGCCAUAGGUAAAAUACCCGCAGUGUACACACGAGUGUCUCAAUACCUUAAAUGGAUAGCAAAGACUGUUCCUUCUUCCAAAGACUUCGUCUACACACCACAGAUGGAGGAUGUGAUUGAUUCCUUCAUUAAAUUGAUAAGACAUUAGAUUUGAUUGUUUGCAUCAACUAAUCAAAACAACAACAAAAGCAAAUAAAGAAAUGCGGC